UAAAUUCCACAACAAAAUUGAAUUUAAAUUGAAUCACAUCGGAAGCAAUCAAAAGCAGAGCCGUUGCGGCAGCACAGUCGCUUUGAAAACAAAAAAAAAAAAAAUAAUCAUUGGAUCCCUCCGGUGAUUCGAUCUCAACAGAUUUCACUUGGCCAAUAUUGGAAUUUGGUGUUUUUGGUUUUUGACCCCUACCAGGUCAAGGUCUAGGUUUGAGCCCAAAAAGCAAAACUAAACUAAGAUGGUUAAGCCUGCAGAUGAAGCCGGAGUGGAUGUUACCAAGACAAGUCCCAAUUCCACACCCACUACCAAUGCGUCAGGUGAUAGUAAUAGCAGCAGUCCAGCCAAAAAUCCAAGCAGUGGAAGGCAUCAAUUGCGUCCUGUUAAAUAUGAUUAUGCCGAUUCAUUUGCCUGCACCUACAUAGUAUCCGUUGUGGCCGCUUCAAUUGCCGAAUUGGUUACAUAUCCAUUAGAUCUAACAAAGACACGACUGCAAAUCCAAGGCGAGGGCGCUGCUCUGGUCAGUGCUGCCACCAGCACCAGCAAUAUGCAAUAUCGCGGCAUGAUGGCCACCGCAUUCGGCAUUGCACGGGAGGAGGGCGCCCUCAAAUUGUGGCAGGGCGUGACGCCGGCGCUCUACAGACACAUCGUCUAUAGUGGCGUACGCAUCUGUAGCUACGAUUUGAUGCGCAAGGAGUUCACCCACAAUGGCAAGGAAGCUCUACCCGUAUGGAAGUCAGCUCUGUGCGGUGUAACAGCUGGUGCUGUAUCUCAAUGGCUGGCCUCGCCGGCCGAUCUUGUUAAGGUGCAAGUCCAAAUGGAGGGGCGCCGACGACUGAUGGGCGAACCGGCCCGUGUCCAUAGUGCUGGCCAUGCAUUCAAGGAGAUUGUCCAGCGUGGCGGCAUUAAAGGCUUGUGGAAGGGUAGCAUACCGAAUGUCCAACGUGCAGCAUUGGUCAAUUUGGGUGAUUUAACCACCUAUGAUACCAUUAAGCAUCUCAUUAUGCAUCGCCUGAAUAUGCCCGACUGCCACACAGUUCAUGUCCUGGCCUCAAUCUGUGCUGGCUUUGUGGCGGCCAUAAUGGGCACGCCAGCGGAUGUGGUAAAAACCCGUAUAAUGAAUCAACCUACCGAUGAAUUGGGACGUGGUCUACUCUAUCGAGGCUCAGUGGAUUGCUUGAGGCAAACAGUAGCCAAAGAAGGAUUCGUGGCCCUCUAUAAGGGAUUUCUCCCCUGCUGGAUACGUAUGGCUCCUUGGUCAUUGACCUUUUGGUUGUCCUUUGAACAAAUUCGUAAAACGAUUGGUGCAUCUAGCUACUAGAUACAAAGUAAAAAAAAUCAAACUCUUGGUCCAACUCAGACCAAAAUCGCGAACCCGACAUGUAUAUACCGAAUCAUAUAUGUUUAUGCACAUUUAUGCAAGAUUUAUAUAUACAUAUAUGUGUAUAUAAAUAUACAUAAACACACGUACAC